AUGUUCGAUUUUUGUGUAGAAAUGCAUUUAUUAAAUACAACAUUAAAUGUAUUAAUUUUACAACAACAAAUUUUUCAAGCACGUUGGUAUUCAGAUCAUCCUCUUCUUUGUUUACCUCAUUUAAGUGCACAUUCAAUCGACGGAAUUGGGUUUGGAAGAGAUUUUUUUCCUUUAAAUUUUAAAAUUUUUUUAAUUUCAAGUCCAUUAUGUUCCAUUCCACAAAUUAAAGAACGUCUUGGAAUUUAUCAACUAAAUAAUGGACAGAAGCUAAACAAAAAAGAGGAGAAGCGAAUUAUAACUGAAUUGUGUUCUAAAAGUAUUUUAAGCGAAAAAGAAGCUGAUGAGCUUCUCAAAGCACUUUUACAAUGGCCAAUACUUUCUUUAGAGCAAAUUUAUCUUUUACCUCAACAAAAAAAGCAACGUCAAAAAUUUGAAGAAAAGAUAAUUAUAAAUGUGGGAAUGAAUGGAAAAAAUUUGGAGCUUUCUGCGUCAACAAAUUAUAAAUUUUUUGUUUCACUAAAGCUCUGUGGACCUUAUUUGGCCAAUUCAAAUGCUUUUUGCCCAAAAUUUCCAAAGAAGAGAAUGGCAGGCUGGAUACUCCUUUUAGGUGAUGCAACAACAAAUCAUCUUUGGGGACACGAAAGAAUUCCUUCAUUAAUUGAAGAACAAAAAAUUGCAAGACUGAGAAUUUUAACUCCUAAUGAACCUGGUAUUUACCAAUUACUUUUACUUGUAAUUUCUGAUACAUAUUUGGGAAUUGACCAACAAUAUAUGCUCAAUUUUAAAGUUGUAUAA